AUGAAUACUGGCUUUAGUCUUGGCAUCGCUUACGCAUCUUCAAUAGGUGGCAUAGUGACGACGAUUGGAACGCCACCAAACUCUAUUCUCCAAGGACAAGUCCUAAGCCGUUACGGUCCCUCAACAGGUUUGGAUUUCGGCAGAUGGAUGGGUUACGCCUUCCCACUUUCAACUUUCAUGCUCCUAUUCACUUGGUUGUGGUUAUGCUUCCUGUUUAUUGGUCCAAAAAGCCGUUUUACCUGUAAGCAAUCAGAAAAGAGGAAGAAACUAAUGGUUCGUUUACUCGCAGCAGAAGAACAGAAACUUGGAUCAUUAAAGUAUUGUGAAGUAUUAUCUGCAUCUUUUUUUGUGGUCGUUACAAUACUGUGGAUGACGCGAAGGGUAGGCACAUCUGGAUGGGAAAAGCUGUUUAUCGACCCAUCGAACCCUAAACCAGAAACCUACAUAACAGACAGUGCAGCAGCUAUUUUCAUGUCCAUUGUCGUGAUGAUCACACCAGCAUCUAAUCCAAUCACGCUCUGGAAACACUGGAAGCACUGCUAUGAAACUAAAACUGAGCCAGAUCCAGAAAUAAUUCGUACUCUACUUCCUUGGAAGGUUGUAUUACAGAAAUUUCCAUGGGGCGUGAUUUUGGUGGUUGGAGGCGGUUUUGCACUUGCAACUAUUAUGGAGACCUCAGGUUUGACCAGUGAUAUUGGACGUUACCUGGGUGAACACUUGAAAUACGUUGACGUGACGCUUUUAAAUUUUGCUUGCGUAUUUAUAACCGCGACUAUGACUGAAUUUGCAUCCAAUGCAGCAACAGCCUCUAUUGUAUUACCAAUUGUAUAUGGAUUAUGUGAAGGACUUGGGAUACAUCCAUUCAUAAUAGCCUUCCCUACCACUAUUGUGACGUCUUUUUCAUUCGCACUUCCUGCGGCUACUCCCCCAAACACAAUCGUUUUUGCUAAAGGAAGAGUCCGAGUGAGACAUAUGAUAGCAGCUGGGAUCCUCAUGAACGUAGUUGGCUGUCUCGCUGCAAUCGGAGCGGUAUCUAGUUAUGCAGUGCCAUUGUUUGAAUUAAAUUCUGUACCACAGUGGGUGUACGAUGCUAUGAACUCUACACAGAUAACAUAA